AUGGAUCCAGUACUGGACUUCCUAGAUGGGACGUUGUCAAUGGACCAUUCCGUGCGGUCUGCUCUAGCGCAGUCGAAAUCCGACGAACAAACCGGAACAUCGGGACUAUCGGGAAAGAAAAACGAGGACCGAGAUACUGCCAGAUUGCCCAAGCCUAGACAGGAGCAGUCGAGAUACAGAGUUCGGAUUCAAACCACGGACCUUCCGAUCAAUAAGUUCGCGCCUCAACCACUACCCCAUCUUGAAACAUUCCUCACCAAGAAUCUACUUUACCUCUUCACUAGUGAGGCUGCUGCUUUGGUUCCUCCCGUUGUUGCUCGGAAAGCCGAGAAUAGUGAGAAAGCCGUUCGCGAGUGGCUAGAAGGAGAGGCUGUGGAAGAAAAUAAAUAUGCGAAAACUAAACAGGACACAGGCAAUUUUUCCUGGAUUUCGCAGAAACUUGAGGUCUACAAACGAGCCGUGACCGACAUUGUACCACGAGUGGGGGCGAGAUGGCCCAAGUGGUUAGAGCGCGAAUUUGCUGACCGGAAGGCCCGUGGUUCGAACCCGACCUCUGCCACUCGACUUCCCCUGUCUAAGCCUGGGCGACCUGGCAGUAUCCUAGCCCCCGUGCUUCCUCCGGGUGUCAUGGCAGCUGGGCACCAGAAGGGUGUUACAGCCGAACAAUUAUUAAUUAUUUUGUACCACGAACUAUGA